AUGCUCCAACUCGAGAAACAGUACAUGGCUGAGGCAAUUGCGUACGCAAAAGAGUUCAAACCGCCGUCCAAUUUACCAGCCGGUUCAUUGCUCAGUGCCCCAAUGACCAGUAUACAUCCGACCAGUUCACACAAAACCACAUCAUCCGCACCAAUGGAUGCGAAUCGGUUGCGUGGAUUGAAUGUCGGACUGAUCAAGGUGCAGAAAGUGCGCCGUCAAUUUCGUCGAACCGAACGGGAUGCAGCCUAUGUGGCUUUGGCCAGCGGAGUGGCCGGUGCUGGCCCGUUUAUGAUUGCCCAAGGUGUACUACUAUUUCGAAGAAUCGGUUUGAAUUUCGCCAUGGCUCGAACAACCGUUUCGGGUAUUAUCAGCUGCAUGAUCUUCGCCACUGUGUGGAUUUGUGCCACACUCACACAUUUCUACCCGGUCUCCUACGAGCAGUCUGAGGUGGAACACGAGCGAGGAAUCGGUCAAGUCCCUGUAGGAGGCUUGAUUCUCCUGUUCACCGUUCACAUGAUUCAUGUGUCCAUGCGUUGCGGUGCACUGAUCCUGUUCACCGGUCAAUUCUACUACAUCGUGUUGGCUGUGAUUGCAUUUCAUUUUGUCUGUGUCUGGAUCAUGACUGUGAUCGCUCGCAGUUGCACCCGAACCGACUAUUCCAAUCCAAGCACAAUUGGACGCUCGAGCAUCUCGGGAAAUUUUCUCUCAGACCUCAUGUUUGCCUAUGUGGGACUGUUCGAAUUUUGUAACGCUCAGGCCAAAUUUACUCGCACAAGAUACUUUAUCUACUACUUUCUCUACUAUCUGGAAAAUGCAUCAAUGGUUGGUGCGUGGUACGUCUAUUUCACCUAUCCGGAAGUGUGGUACUAUUUGCCCUCACUGUUGAUUAUCACUAUUGUCCAGCUGCUCGGAUUCAUAUUGCUACAAGUCUAUCUGUUUCUCUAUUCCCGACCGCGACGAAAAACCACACUGUGCGGUCUGUGUUUUGCACACCGAGAGAUGGAUGCGGAUACACAAUUCCCAGUAGCUUCUGUACAGCCGAAUGAAUUGGAGAGUAAUUUGCGUGCUUACGGACUACAACAACACCCAUCAAAGAUGAGCGGACUGGGUGUGUCCAACUCGAUGAUUAGCGGUCGUGCGGGCACAAGUGCCGGUUGGAAUCAAUCAAAUGUGAGUGGGAUUUGUGAUCCCAUGUUCGGGCAACAAAUUUCCCAAGUGGCUGUGCCCAGUGCAAGGAGAGUUCGAGGGAAAAGCCGCCAGGCACAUGUGACCAAUUCCCAACCUCAGUCGGUAAAUUUCAGUACAAAUUGUUUGGCUCCGUCUUUGGUGUCGACCACGAACGAAACUAAAGAACGUCUGUACAAACAGCGCAGUCGGGACACACGUCAGUCAGAUCGGUAUAGUGGUAUCGAAACAGAUCGUUGUCAACGGGCAUCUUCGACGCGAUUGGAUUUGGAAGCGAAAGAAAGUCCCGUCCAGUACGCACCGAAUACUCGCACAGCGGAAACCAAUCGAUCACAUCGAGAUGGAACGACCGAUGGUCGAUCAAAACGGAACACCUCGCAAAAUCCCCACCAGACGGGGUCUAGUAGGUCAGGAAGUCGAAGAACACAACAUACUGGUCAAAAUUCAUCGAUCCAGUCCAAAUUUGUCGAUCAACCUGAUAGCAAAGGAGUGUUUCAGCCCCGAGCAGACCACGGACGUAAUCGACCUCAAUGGCCCUAUGCGACGAAUUCGCGAAGAUAG